AAGUUUAUAAAGAUACGGAAAUUCUUAUUUAUUAUGAAGGAGAUUCACCUAAAGCAGUAUGGGAAUCUAUCAGAAUUCUAAAAAAAUAUGGUGAUACACUUUUUGGUUUAGAUCAUCCACAAAUGCUAAAUGCUAUUCAAAAAGCUAAUCAUAUCAUAUGUAAUCAUAAUGAUUGGAAUAAUGCG